AUGGCUUGGUGGGGUCUGGCCUGUCUAUUUGGAGUAACAUGUCUGAUGGAAGGAGUGAUGGCGUCGGUCAACACUUCAGAGUGCCCCAUCAUUCUGGACAUUCCAAAUGGAACCGUACAACCUGUACCGGUUCUGGACAAAAACGAGUCGGCCUUACUGAUCCUCCUAGGAUUUGGCGGGUUCUCCAUCAUCCUCGCUCUGAUACACAACGCCAUCAGGAAACAUAUCUUCCAUGAUGAGCACAACCUGGACACGACGUUUGACGCCGGAGGUGACAUCACUCUCAGUCUGACGGCUGUGACUGUAGCGUCACAGAUGUUCUGGCCUGCCGACAUUCUUCAGAGUGCGACGCUAGCGACUAAGCUUGGCAUUUCCGGGGCAUUUUGGUAUGGAGUCGGAGUCAUCAUCAACAUCUUCAUAUUCCCAGUAUUUUCGGUCCAUUUCAAGACACGAGCACCCGGAGCUAAAACCUACUUACAGAUCAUUCACGCCAGAUUCGGAAAGCAGGCACACAUAGUGUUUUGCUGCUUUGCACUUGUUACGAAUUUGGUUAUAAUGACGGCCGUAUUGCUAGCUGGAAAAACCACCAUCCAAUCCCUGACCGAACAUGUUUCGGAGGAGUACACCCUUCUCGUCAUGGCAACCUUAUUUGGAUCCUACUCUCUGAUUGGUGGAAUCGGAACAACGUUUUACGUGUCCUAUUUCAAUGCUUGUCUCGCCUUUGUGGUCCUAACUGUUUUCUUUACAGAAGUUCUUUACACAAAUACCAGCGGAUUCCCCAAUUUGGGUGAUAUCUCUAAAAUGUACAAUAUUGUCUCGUGUGUCGAGGGACCAAGUGGCACCAAUUUCAUGACCUUCCGAUCUGAGAGUGGCAUAGUGUACGGAAUUGUCGGAUUUUUUGUUGCGUCCUCUGUGGUUUAUUGUGACCAAGCAGCCUGGCAGAGUAGAAUCGCCGCCAAACCAAUGCAGGGUGUGUGGGGCUUUAUCUUGGCCGGUCUCAUGUGGAUAGCCAUUCCCUCUACCCUAGGCAACACGACAGGGAUGGCAUACCUAACUUUCAGUGCUGAAAAUAAAACACAUCUCCUCUCUCCAAGUCAAAUCGACGAAGGACUGGUGUCCCCAUUAGUGGCUGAGAAAGUUCUAGGACCAGCCGGAGGAAUAAUGAUCCUUUGUAUGGUAUUCAUGGCCGUGAUGUCGACCGGGUCUGGGGAGGUGAUGGCCAUCUCAUCUAUCAUUGUUUAUGACUUUUACCAGACCUACGUCCGACCAUUCCGGGAAAACUUACAAUCGGCACAUUGUGUGCUCUGUGGUAAGACGUCAAUGUCAGUCCGCGAACGUAAUCCUAAAGAUACUGAUCUUUGUCAAUGCCCCACCGUCACUGAUUGUCAGCAAUGCUCUGAUGAUAUUCUGUCCGCCAAAUCAUCAUCAUCCAGUGGCAGAUCUGCACACAAGUGUCCAGUCCACGGGGCGUAUAGGAGAUACCAAGACUACCUCAUCGACUUCAAGAGCUGGUGCAUUGUGUGGGUGGCGAUCUGUAUCAUACCUUUCGGACUUAUCAUAUUUUCUAGCGGUAUAGACCUCAACUGGACAUUCUUUGUCGGCUCCAUCGUCACUAUCCCCGCCUUUCCUGCUGUCGUCUUGGCCAUCAUGUGGGUCAAGCAAACACCGGAAGGAACGAUUGCAGGUGGUAUAGCAGGUUUGUUGGCCGGUAUAUCAGCUACACUGAUAACAGCAUCCACGUACGACGGAGGUCUCAGCAACUUCGUCAUCAACACGUCACAAGAGUACUCUAUUCUGGCGGGUAGUUGUUCCAGUUUCGGCUUCAGCCUGAUUACAUGUGUGAUAGUGUCCAAAUGUACUCACAAAAUCAAAACGAAGGCCGAUGCUGAUGCAGAGUGGCAGAAAAUGUAUGAUAUCGAUAAUCCACUUAGUCCAUGGGAACAGAAUUAUCGGGAGGAACUAAAACAGCACGUGUACGACAAGAAACCAUCAUUUGAUCAAAUGGCCGCCACCUUCCGGCGGGCCAAAAUAAUUGCUUACGUCAGUGGAGGCGGCAGCAUUAUCCUGUUCACUUUUAUCAUACCCGCCAUCAUGGCGAGUUUCCCCGUACUUAACGAGACUGAGUUCAAGGUCUGGAUCGGGUUGACGCAGGCAUGGACAGUCUUUAUGGGGAUCGUCGCGAUAGUGGCGCCACCUGUCGAGGAAAUCUUAAAGAUCCGAAAACAACGUCGAGCAAAUGAAGUACGUGAUGCAAGCAAGCUCAUGGUGUGUGAUUAAUG